AUGGCGUCGGUCACACAUGGUGCCACCAGUCCCAAGGGGCCCGCGUCGAGGCAGCCUCCCGAGGUCCCCGCGGAAUGCAAAAGCGGGUUAGAUGGGGUCCAGCUGCACCGCGCUCGGCCUAUGAGCGCCGCACGCCAUUCCCGACGCUCAGGGAGCGUCCCACCGGCGGUGUCCAAACGUGGACUCCAUGAGCUUCAGCCGCAGUUGGAUUGGCACGGAGAAUGGGGGGUGGUGAGGGAGAUCUCCUUCGCGGCGCCUCUGUCACGAACUAUCACCACGGCUGCAUCCCCUUCAAUUUAG